AUGAUACUUGCAACACCAGCACCGACCCUAUACCAGAAUGUCUGCGGCGACGACCUGCACCCCGCGGCGCGAUGCGCCCUCGACUCGACCCCGAAUGGCAACAACAGACACAAGACGAAGAACUUCUACGCGGACGCGUCCUACAAUAUGAAGAAGAAAGACAGCUGCUCCUGGGCUUUCAUGCUUCUCCAGGAAGCUAAUAUGUUCGAAGAACGUACAUUCAGGGGCGCAUGCUACGGCAUCGUCAGCGACAGCCACAACGUGGACCUCAACAGCAGCGCAUAUACCAACACCACAGGCGAGAUCAUGGCAGUAAUACAGACACUCAUGUUGAUCAUUGCGGCCAACGAAUCCCAGCACGUCAAUGCCUUUACAUGCAGCAAGACGGUCAUCGACAUAUGCCACGGCACGGUCACCUCGACCGCAGACCACGACCUCUCCAUGCACCUCAAGCUUGUAUUCGCUUGCAACAAUACCAUCGCCAGCAUCGAUCUCCACCGCGUGCCAAGCCACGAAGGGAUGCCGUGGAGAGAACUUGCUGGUUGUCUAUCAAAGCGCGAGCGGAAGAACCACGAUAAGAGAGAGCCUACCAACCACGGCCCACGCAACUUCCAACUCGCUAUCACUACCAGCAAAUAUUAUCAAUGGAGAAAAAUACUGGACAAUAACCACCGAUAUAGACACGCAUACCCCGCCAAGCCCGAGUGCAUGAUGGCACCGACGGGCAAAGCGAACAUCCCAGCGGAGAUCAAGAUCAACAUCAUGACCUACAAUGUCGAAAGCGCAAGAGAAGCGAAGCCGACAGUGAAGAACAAGAUGACCAGAGCAGGAAGAUUGACCAAUGAAUGGCGGGGGGCGAUCAUGCGACGUCAGCUACAGCAUCGCGGAGUACACCUCACUGGGAUCCAGGAAGGAAGGAACAAGCGACGAGCAGCUACCAGCAACGGGUACCACAUGAUCAGCAGCCCACACCAGAACUACAACUGCGGCUGCGAAUUGUGG